AUGUCUAUGAAAUAUGAAAGUUCUAUCGCUCCAACAGCGGAUAUGUUGUCUUCGACAUCCACAUUUUUUGUGUCCGAUACAACUAAUUCUCCUUCAUCAGAGCGAACACUUCUGGAUAGCGUUCUGGCUGCAACACCCAGAACUACAAGCAAUGGGAUGUCAGAAUAUCUCAUGUUACUCUUUGGCUGUUUAUUCUGCUUUCUGACAAUCGUCGGAAUUUUGGGCAAUUUGAUUGUUAUUAUUGUGAUUGCUGGUGACAACAAGAUGCGUCAAUCAGUUAUGAAUAUUCUUCUCCUAAAUUUGGCUGUAGCUGAUGGCUCAAAUUUGUUAUUGACUGUAUGGGAAUGGGUACCCACAGUCACCUAUGGCAGCAAAGUAUGGAUGUUGCCAGCGUUUAUGUGUGCGAUUUGUCGUUAUUUAGAAUAUGUUUUUCUAUUUACUUCCAUAUCGACUCAGUUAAUUGUUUGUAUAGAAAGAUAUAUUGCCAUUAUCCAUCCGAUCAAAGCAAGAAUACUUUGUAACCGACAGAACGUCGGCAUUGCUGUUGCGUGUGCUUGGGGAUUCGCUGCCUUGUUUGCGUUCCCAUACUUGCAUUAUCAUACUCUUACAAAAACAGGAAUCUGCUCUAAUCAAGCACAUUACUUCAGCUGGUGGCCUCAUUAUAAGACCGCUGAGUUUCUGUGUUUCUACUUGUUUCCGUGUGCAGCUAUUUUAUGCGUAUAUUCACGGGUUGCUAUAGCACUUUGGGCAAACAAUCAGCUAGGCGAAACUCAAAAAUGCUUGAAACAGACAAAUAGUCGAAACGAUACACUCCGGACACGGAGAAAUGUUGUUAAAAUGCUAAUUGCUUGUGGUGCCGUUUACUUUGUUUGUUAUUCACCAAUACAAAUUUUAUUUGUUACAAAUUAUUUGCUACAAAUGAACUUCAAUCCUCCUUAUGCUCUGCGUCUCAUUAUGAAUGCCAUGACCAUGACAUGCUCGGCCUCGAAUCCUUUGCUAUACACGCUAUUCUCAAUGAAAUUUAGACAACGUUUGAAGAAUUUGCUAUUCUGUAAUUCGGUUCAACUUACAAGAGAUGCCGAAAAGCAGACCCGUCUUGCCGUCUAUUACAAUAUUAACUCAGCAGAGAAAAGUUUUUGA